CAUCAACUCACGCCCGCACUCUUACACGCCCAUCCACACCAACUCUCCCACCGUGCAGUCCUCAUCCAAGACCCAGCUGCCGCUCGCCGGGGCGAACUCGCAGCAGACGACGAACGCGACGAAUAUGGGGGGAUUCCGAGGCGGCCAGCAGCGUCCGUGGCGCUGGCGCGUGUUCUGGAGUUAUCUCCCCGACUGGGUGCUGACGAUCGUGCUUUGGGGCGCGUUCUACCUCGUCGACCGCAUCGACGGCUACCGCCGCCUGUUCGACGUCAACGACACGAGCCUCGCGCACCCGUAUGCGGUGAAGGAGCGCGUGCCCGUGUGGCUGCUUGGCGUGCUGUGCGCCGUCGUGCCGGCCGUUAUCAUUGUCCUGACUGCCGCCGCGCGCCGCUCGUUCUGGGACGCGCACAACGGUAUCCUUGGCCUCGUGCUGUCGCUUGGUCUUACAGUGACCUUCACUGAUAUCCUCAAGAUCACGGCCGGCCGCGCCCGCCCCGACCUCUUCGACCGCUGCCAGCUGCCCGAGACGCUCACGUCCAACCCGACGCACCAGCUCACCUCGUGGACAGUGUGCACGCGCACCGACCUGCUCAAGGACGGCUUCCGCUCGUUCCCGUCGGGCCACUCGUCCUUUGCAUGGUGCGGCAUGUGGUACCUGUUCCUGUACGCCGCGGCCAAGCUCAAGACGUACAACAACAAGGGGUACACAUUCAAGUCGUGGCUCCUGCUCGCGCCGAUCUCGUGCGCGUCGCUCAUUGCCAUCUCGCGUACCAUGGACUACCGCCACCACCCGACCGACGUGAUCGCCGGCGCGGUCAUCGGCGUCCUCGGCGCCUGGUGGGGCUACAGGCAGUACUACCCCGCCCUCAUCACCCCCGAGUCGUUCGAGCCAUUCAGCCCCCGUAUCCCCCGCGACGACGUCCUCCCCCUCCACAACCUCGGCGGCUCGGAGAACCCCAACGACGGCUACGGCGAGACGGUCCCCCUCAGCCACCCGGGCGCUCCCCACCUCCGUGACACGAGCGCAUAAGUUGUGAUCCAUACGUAUACGAACGCUCUGUGGUUGGUAUUGUCGGCUGGUCAGCAGUCGAUCCAGACCCGUACUACCACACCGCACGACCCCCUCAACGUCCAAUUCCAAGUGUAAUACAUGUCGCACAUAUACAUACCACUUGCAAUGAUCCUUCCGAUAAUAGUACGCGCAACUGUCCGUGUGACAUUGCAAUGCGGUACUCUAGCUGGUAUACAAAUGUCCAAUAGAUUAGGGAGAGAGUUCGGGUGGGGGAUGGAGAGAAGGGAGAGUGUCAGGUUAGGGGUAACUUAAGCGCCAGUACACCUUGCGGUGGGGAUAGGGACGCCGGUCCAGGUGCUGGCGCCGGCAGUGCCAGCAGCGGCGUAGUACUCGUCGGGGUAGUUGCACCCGGCGACGGUGACAUACGCGCCGACCUUGUCGUUGGGGAACGCCCAACCGUUACCGAUGGUCGCCUUGGCGGCGUGCGUGGGGGUAGGGAGCGUGAUGGGUUUGCCCGUCUGGGUGAGGGUGGGGAGGAGCGCAAUCUGGUCGCUGUGCAUCGUCUGCGAGGCUGACGGGACACCGAUACCGCCCAGCGCCGUGGGCGGCCAGGCGCCGAACACGGAGAGCUGCGGCGCAAAGAUGGUCGGCGUCGCGGGGCCCUUGCCGAUCGCAGAGGCGGGGAAUGUGCCGCCAAACUGCGAGCAGCCGGGGCAGAAGCCGUGCGCCUGGCAGAAGCCACCGGCGACGCGAGGGUCAGCGGGGAGCCAGCCCUCCUUGAGGCCGAGCUGGUAGUGCCAGAACGGAGAGGACGAGUAGCCGAGCUCUGUCGAGUUUCCAAUCUUCCAGGUC